AUGAAGGUGCUCACUCAAUUGCCCUUCUCCAUUGCUGCAUUAUCAUCAAUACUUUGCAUAGCCCUGGCGCGACCUUCCCUUGGUAAAGAUGUGAAUCACGAUUCCAUAGAGGCAAAGAGGGAUCUGCCCGGCUUCUACAAGAUCGACUUCAAUGUCCGCAGAGGCUCAUCGCGAGCUGACUUGUCCCCAAGGCACGAUCAGACCCCCCGGUUUGUCAAGAGAGCCGAUGGAGCCGGCGACUUUACGUUGCAGAUUAGCAACCAACAAACUUUCUACAUGGCCGACUUGUACAUUGGACUGAAUGAAGACAAGAACCAAGUGCUUGUGGACACGGGCAGUUCAGAUUUGUGGGUCAUGUCCCACGACUUAAACUGUCUUCCACGAGGCACCACUUUGCAGAAGAGAGAUCCGAAAAACGUCUUUAGAUUCGGCACCGGUGCCACCUUCCCUAAAGAUGUGGACGAGAAAACGGGGAAGAAGAGGAAAAGAGACGCUGGGGGUGUCGAAUUGCAGGAGUUGGAUUUUGCUCCGACAAAAGUGCAACGAGACGAUGAUGGCAGUGCCAGUGGAAAUGUUUACACAACGAUUUAUUUCACGGGAACUUCAUUGCCUAGUGAAUUUUCGUCUUUGUUUCCCGAUGGCCCCGGAGGCGGUGGGUUUUCCAGCGCACUUCCCGGCUCAGCACCUAGUGCCAGUGCUGGUUCUGGUUCUGGUUCUGGUGGCACAAAUACCUGCACUUCGUAUGGCUCAUUCAAUACUGAAAACUCCGAUAGCUUUGUCCAAAAUAGAACAUCGUCGUUUUUGAUUCAAUAUGCAGAUGGCACCCACGCGUUGGGAAUCUGGGGCCACGAUACCGUCAAAUUGGGAAACGUGUCAGUGCCCAACUUAUCCUUUGCCGUGGCCAAUGAAACAUCGAGUGAUAUCGGUGUGCUUGGUAUCGGCUUGCCAGGAUUGCAAACCACAACUCAAUAUGGAUACAUGUAUGAAAACUUGCCCCUCAAAUUGAAAUCCGACGGGAUUAUUGACAAGGUUGUCUUUUCCUUGUACUUGGCCCGGGCCAGCGACCUGGCCGGAAGCGUGCUAUUUGGUGCCGUUGACCAUGCCAAAUAUGAAGGCUCGUUGACAACGGUGCCCAUGUUGCGCACAUACCAACAAAUCCCUUACCCAGUCAGAUUCGAGGUCGAGGUGACAAACAUUGCCUUUAACAACAGUGGGAACCAAGUGACAAUUGAUAGUUCUUCCAUGGGAGUCGUGCUCGACUCGGGCUCAACGCUAUCGUACCUCCGAUCAAGCCAAAUCCAAUCCAUCGCCAGCCAAUUGAACGGGAGAUACUCGAGCUCAGCAGGAGCCUACCUUGUCGAUUGCAGUUUGCAAAGCUCACGUGCUACAUUGGACAUUGAGUUCACCAGCAAGGUCAUCCGCGUGCCCGUUUCUGACUUGAUUUUCCCCGCUAGCAGAACCCAGUGCUUUUUGGGUCUCUCGGAGCAGUCUCAAAGCUCAAACUAUAUCUUGUUUGGAGACAACGUUUUGAGAAGCGCGUAUGUCGUUUACGAUUUGGAAAACUACUCGAUCAGUCUUGCCCAGGCCUAUUACACCAACGACGAAGACAUCGAAGUCAUCACCGACACCAUCCCAUUGAGCGGAGGACAAAACGCGUCCUCUGUGGGAACUGGAAGCGGCUCUUCGUCAUCGUCUGGAGGCAGGCAAAACUCGGCCUCGUCUUUCGUGCCCUCUUUCACUUUUAUCGUUAUGGGAUUCAUUGCUUCCAUGAGCCUUAUGUUAUAG